UCAUUUCUGUAGGGAACCUAAAACAGAAAUAGAUUCGGUACACCAUAGUUGCGCUAGUACAUCACCAUAGAGCACAAAAAUGUCGCUUUCCCGGCAGCUCCUCCGCAAAACCCUAAAACCCUAUCUCCGAUCCAUUUCCACCGCCGCUGAUUCCACAUCCACCGCCGUACAGUCCCACCACAACCACCACCAGCGCAACCAUGAGUUUCUUCCGCCGAGCAACUAUCUGAAUUCAUGGACAACACCUAAGGAUCCUAAGGAGGCGGAGGCUAAACUCGCGCUUUUACGCCGCGAAUAUGCGAAAAAGGUGAAGGAGGUUCGAAAAGAGUACAUACAAGAAAUGGAACUUCAGAGGAUUGAGAAGAUGAGAAAAGCUGAAGCUAAAAAGGAGGCUCAGAGGAUUGCUAACGAGGAGCGUAAAGCUGCUAAGGCCGCUGAGAAAAAAGCAAAGGCAAUGGAAAGAGAGGCUGCUGAAGAGGAGUUCCGCAAAACCCUGCUUAAAGAAAGACAGGAAAAACUUGAAUAUUGGAGGAUGAGGGAAAUGAAGUUCUCAGAGAAGAAGAAAGAGAAACGCGACCUUCUACGACGGCAAAGUUCUAUAUGGAUUGAUGAAAAAGAUUUGGAGAAAAAGACACUUGAAGUUAUUUGUGAUGCUAUUCAACUUUGAAUUGUUUUCCUUCUCGAACGACUGUGAUCGAAGUGUUGUGUUAUCGGUUGGAGUUGAUUUCAAUAAAUUCCAAAAUGUAAACUUGAUAUCUCAUUAUCUAGCCUCUAGUUUGUAGUUCAUCUACCACCCUUGCAGACUCGACCCCUUUCUCCUGGGAACAAUUUUGAGAAAAUUAUCUGUUUUAUUCGGUAACCAAAUCUGGUAAUUUUACAGUCAGACAGACUUGGGAUGA